UCUCUUGCGCCACUUACUAUAUAAAAACAAGUGGACAAACUUUAGUUGUCUAUUCCUUACUCAUCCUCUUCUAUUCUCUGCAACAAAUCAUAACAAUAACUAAUGGAACCCAAUAAUACCCAGAUUUUAAUUCCUCUAAAGGAUGAAGAAAACCAUGUUAAUAAUGCUCAACAUUUUCAUGUUUUAGCUGUUGAUGAUAGCAUCAUUGAGCGCAAAAUGUUGGAGAGGUUACUUACCAUUUCAUCUUACCAUGUUACAUGUGUGGAAUCUGGAGACAAAGCAUUAGAAUUUCUGGGUUUAUUGAAUUGUCAAAGCCCAGAAGUGAAUAGUGAUAAAGGUCAUAUUGAUGAUGAUCAUCAUGAUGAUGAUAUUCAUGGUCAUGAUGAUGAUGAUGGUUCUGUGAUUUUCCAUUCACCUCCAUCACCAGAUGAUCCUUACCAUCCCCAAGAACAACAGGGACAAGGUACAAGAGUGAAUUUGAUAAUGACCGACUAUUCCAUGCCAGGAAUGAACGGCUAUGAUCUACUUAAACGAGUUAAGGAAUCAUCUUGGAAAGAUGUACCAGUGGUUGUCAUGUCUUCGGAGAAUGUUCCAUCAAGAAUUCACAUGUGUCUUGAAGAAGGAGCAGAAGAAUUCUUGCUAAAACCAGUAAGAAUGUCAGAUUUGAAGAAGUUACAACCAAGAAUUGAAAAAUCAACUCCAAGCACAAGUACAUGGAAAUAUUGUUGUCAGACCCAAUCUCAGAUCCAGAUCCAGACUCAGACCCAGACCAAAAAAAAUGGUGAUAUUAUUGACGACAAAUUUUGCAAGGAAGAAAUUGCAAUUAUUGACAAUAAUAAAAUUUCCAAGGACGAAUUAUUCACAAACUUCAAAGAUGAUGAGAAUGAAAUGGAGCAUUUUGUUGUUAACUCAAAGCUUGAUCAACUUGUAAUGUGAUUAUUAUUUUUAAUCUUUAUAUUAUGAUGCUACUUAGCUGUAAGUUACCUUACUUUGUAACCAAAACUUGCUACAAUAAUCUAACAAUAUUAAUUUUUAUAAUAA